GUGUAGUACGUGCAUGACGCGCACUCCUGUGGCCGCGGUUCGUCUGAGCUCUGACUGGGUGGGGAUUAUCCUCUGCUUUGCUCUUCGCGACUGUAUCGAGGAAGUACAGGAGCUCUGUUUGUUAUUCAACGAAGAAGUGACCGUCUGUCUUACCGGAUACCGUGAGACUCGGUUCAGAUGCUGUCUUUUUUAUCAUCCAAACGCGUUUCACUACUGGAGUUACAAUAGUCGUGAAAGGCCGAGCGAGGUGACAAUGCAGACCGCGUGGGUUUCGGCGAGGACAGGACUGCUGUUCAUUUUAAUUGUACAACUGGUGACAACUGACCCUUGUAAUGAAGAUUUUCAUUCACCCAAAAAUUUGACAGUAAAAACAGGUAAUGAAGGUUUUCCUUCACCCAGGAAUUUGACAGUAAGGAGCCGUAACUUUACCACUGUGUUCUCAUGGAAAUAUGACACUUUGUCUCCAAAGCCAUUAUUUAGCGUGAGGAUGAGGUAUUACCGAACUGGAAGUUCUAAAUAUGCCCAACACUGUAUAAAUAUUACUUCAAUGGAAUGUGAUGUUUCUUCUUUGAUCAAUAAUGUUGAAGACUAUUACAUUUUAUUUGUAUCUGCUGCUGUUGGCACAAACAGAUCUUGUGAUAGUUUCAUUAAGAUGUCACUACCAGAGCAAGGUGUAUUGGAUUUUCCUCCAGUAAACAUGACUGCUGAUGGAAGAAAAGUUACAGCUGAAUUUCAGCGACCUGAUAUAAUGUAUAAAAAAAAGCAUUCUUUCCUGAGAAAACAAAAUGAAUUUGUAUAUAUGAUUAAAUAUUGGGAGAAGGCGGCAGAAAAUUUAGUUUCAACACCAUCUACUUUACUUCACUUUACAUGUCCUCGUAAUCAACAGAGAUGUAAAGCUAAAGUGCUUGUACCAAAAGAAGAUGCUGAAUACUGCUUUUCAUUUGAAGGGAAAAUAUUUGAGAUGCCAAUUAAUACCUCAAAAGAUGUUUGUUUGACUGACCCUGCAAAAGAAGAUAAAAGCCUGGCAAUAAUUCUUUCAGGAAUAAUCCUGAUUCUUAUUGCAGUUACAGUUUUAACUUCUUUAUUGGUCUACAAGUUACUGAAGAGUAGAACUACUAUUUUACCAUCAUCCUUGCUUUUCUUCCUGAAAGGAAUAAAACCUUUCAACUAUAUACAGAAAGAAGAAACGACUUGUUCUUCUGUCCGAACAGCGGAAUCGCCAACAAGUAACCAAACACUAUUACACGAAGAAGUGGGAGUAGAUGAGAUGUUUGAUAAAGGUGUAGCAUCGAUGGAAAACUCCAGAAUGAAAAUUGGAUGCAGUAAUGUUGAAACAGAAACAGAACAAAUAUCAUUUUUGGAAAUCGUUAAACCAGAAAACAAUCCCAAUGUUGUGUUUGUUGACACUGGUGAUGAGUUCACAAACCCUGAUGAAGAUAUCAGAACAGUUUCAACAAUGCUGGAAAGUGGAUCUUCAACAGAUAGCAUUCAGUCAAAUCCCAUUGUAUCAUUUGGAUAUGACAGGCCCCAAGUGCUUGUAGAGAUGAAUUUUGAUGAUAUAGUGGAGGGUUACAAACAUACACAGCUCGAGUAAGAUACUGUUAAGGCUUAUCCCGCAGGGCAAGAGACUAUCCAUUUGUGGGUGUAUCAGAAGGGAGAAAAGGAAAUAUUUAGCACUUAAUGCUACAAAGGUGAAGUUGUUCAGAUGCUCUUCUUAUUAGUCUGUGAACAGAAAUUGUGCCUGAGUCUUCAAUUCCUUUUUGGAAAUACCAUAAUCUGAAUGAGUUCUUCCCAGUUAAAACUACUAAGCUACCGUGUGAAUUGAUUUAGCAUUAAUUUAUUGUUAUACAGGUUUAUUAUUGAUAAAGUUUAUUCAUUUUAAAGGGCCUUCUUGAGAGAGGCAAUUUGGUCACUUACUGUAAAUUUUGCCAUCAGUUUCAUGUUUUGAAUUAGACAGAUCUUUGUACAUAAUGUAUUUAAUUGUAGACAUAAUUGGUAAGGAGUAGGUUACAACUGCUUCAGAUUGUUUUAAUCUAACUCAAAGUCAGAAACCAGAACAGCUAGGUAUCUUGGUAGCUUUUCAUUUACAGAAAUGUUAUACUUGUGUAUAUGUAGUUGUUGAAAGUACUUGUAUUUUAGUUGAAAAAAAAAAAAAAAACCUACAAAAUAGGUAUGCUCUGAUCAGAGCUGAUACGGAUCAUCAAUAGUGCAUGAGGAAUAGAAGAACAUAAAUUACAAGCCAUGAUUCAACUAAAAUGUUCCUAAGAUGAUUAUCAAUACACAAGGCUAACACGCUAUUAACACAUUUACAUGUGAAAUACACAACUUUGUCUUUUAAGCUAAGAGGCUUAUUGUUUACUAAGCAGUGAGUACAAGUUCUUUUUUAUUGGUUCUUUUCAUUAUAAACAAUGUAAGUCGCUGUACUAAACACAAGCCAACUCACAGUUCACACUCAGAGAAGGAGUCCUUCAUUUUAAUUGAAGGGCAAAACGGAAAGGUCUGAGCUCAUCAAACAAGACAUGUCACUGUUUUCUUCCAAUCCAAGUACAGGUGGAUAACAUCCAUCUGCUGUGACUCCUAAGAUUCCCUUUACCUCCGUUUAUUACUUCACAUUCUUUAAUGGAAGAGUAGUGAAAAGUCAAGCAAAAUGACACCUUUUAUUGGCAAACUAAAAAGAUUACAAUGUGCAAGCUUUCGAGGCAACUCAGACCCCUUCUUCAGGCAAGAUGUAUGUAAGGUGUCAUUUUGCUUGACUUUUCACUACAUUCAUAAUGGCUAACACUGUACAGCACUUUAAUGGAAAAGCAAAUUUUCCUGUCUUCACUCACAGAUAUCCGUUUAUAGGAAUUUCCAUCAGCAAAACAACAUGUGUGAUUCCUAAAGUACUGUAAUGCUUCCCAUAAAGGAGUACUACGACUAGGUUGCCAUAAACCUUAGUAAGGUAGAUUCUAAUAAAAAGAAAAAAACUUUUUGAGAUCAGCCAAUUUAUUAAUUACCAAUCAAGUCGCUUGGAGUGAAAAUUGACUGAGUUAGAUUGGUGUCGGAGCACCACCAGCACAAAUUGCAAUCUGGAAAGGGCUGUUUCCGAAUCCUUUAGGCACUUUACAAGAAAAUGUUGAAAAUAAAAUAAUGAAGUAACAACAUCAUUUCUGUCAAUUGUAUAUCGUACAGAGAAACCCCACCUCUCAAGUCUGACACUUCAGUAUCAUCACACAAUUUGAGGUUAUUUUACAUUAUUAAUAUAUAUUGAAUACUGAUGAGACAUAGAGCUUCAUAAACACUGCUCAUUGUAUACAGUUAGUUGUAAAAUGAAGUUUAUCGACCUUUUCUGGACUUCUGUUUGUGCCAUUGAAGAUGUUUUUUAGACAUGGAGUACAUGCUUUACAGUGCAUUGUGUUCUAUGGCAGUUAAGCCCUGUAGUGGACAGUAGGUGACACUUUAGUAUAUCCUACUUAGUGACUUGGGAGCAGUGUGAUUGAAGUCCGGUCAUUUUUUAAAGUAAACUUUUUGUUUAUCAGGAUGAAAGCUUCUUUUAAUAACAUUAAGUUGUUAAAAAAAAAAAAAAAAAAAAAAAAGAACACAUUUAAGCACAUUUGUUUACAUAAGUUGAGUUAUUUUAUUUACAUAAUGAUAAACACUUAGUUUUGUUUCAGGCUUUUGUAUUCUUCAGUAGACUAGCUUGAAAAUUAAAGUAAAAUCUAAUGUCUAAUCAGGUUACGUUAUUUUAACAACAACAACAUUUAUAUAGCACAUUUUCAUACAAAAAGUAGCUCAAAGUGCUUUACAUAAUGAAGAGAAGAAAAAUAAAAGACAAAAUAAGAAAUUAAAAUAAGACGACAUUAGUUAACAUAGAAAGGAGUAAGGUCCGAUGGCCAGGGUGGACAGAAAAAACAAAAAAAAAACUCCAGAAGGCUGGAGAAAAAAAUAAAAUCUGUAGGGGUUCCAGGCCACGAGACCGCCCAGUCCCCUUUGGGCAUUCUACCUAACUUACAUUUCAGAUAAGAAGUAUAAUCACUUGUCAUUUUCUUCAAAAGAAAGUCUUUAGUGGCAUAAAGGCCACAUUAAUAUAGAUCAUGAAGAGUGUCAGCAGUUCCAUUAUCAAUUUUGGGUGACUGCACUUACAAAUUAACUUUGACAACCACAAAUUUCAUUCUUAACUUGAGAAUAGCAUUACUUUGGAGCAGAGUGUAGUAAACUGUAGAUUUAAAAUUUAAACCAAGACAAGGAUUCUUGAAAGCUGUGCAAUACUCUGUUUUUCUUAAUAGUAGGUCCGGUGUCUGUUUUCACAGUUAAACUUGUCAGGAAGACUUAUUUUAAAUAUUAGGCUGACACCAGUAAUAACUCCAAACAACACGUAUCACAAUACACAAAAUCCUUCAUACUACACGAAAUCCCCCAUAAACCCCAUCAACACAUAACCCAAUCCCAGAACAUCAUUGAACUCCUGUGUGAUACCAAAACCAGUUCCAGUGCACAGCGAUUCUCGAAGCCGCUCAGUACCCUGCUUUCCUUAGUAGAAGGACUUGUGUCUCUUUUCACAUUUAAACUGUCAAGAAGGUUUUUUAAGUAUUAGGCGUCUGUUUGUUGUUCACUCUUUGCCAGUCUGUUAAGUGUCUUCAUGUCAUUCUCUUUACAUGACUGGCACUAUUACACUUAUAUUUUCAAAAAAUAGUAAUAAUAA